AAAAUGGCGUCCAACUGGAUGGAAGUGCAUCUAAUUGUUGUUGUUUUUAAUCUGCCGAAACGAUAAAUACUUUAGCUAAAGUACACACGGAAUCUUCUUAAUUUUUUUAUCUCGAAGUAGUCUAACUAUGGACGAAGGAAAUAACAACAAAGCUAGCUGCGAAGGGAAUGAAGACAGCAUGAAAUCGCAUCGUAAACGUGUAAAGCCGCCCGACAAAAAUGCACAUCAACUAGAAAUGGCUCAAUAUACGGAGUUAAUUCUAAAGAAAGAGGCUCUACUAAAAAGUUUAAAUAUGCCAAAGAGAAGAAGGUCAUCAUCGACCGUCCAUGGUAAUCGCGAAGAACUUAUAGCAAAACAGCGAACAUUGAUUGGUGAGAAGCAAAAUAAAUGGAAACAAAAACAAGCAAUUGAUGCAGAAUUGAAAACGUUAAAUGAAAUUGUGAUGAAGAAAAAUGAAACUUGCAUGAAGCUUCAAGCAAAUGUCAAGCAUAAAGAUGAACAAAGGACAAACAAUGCCAUAAAAAAUUUAGAGUUCACCUUGAGUACGCGUCAGCUGAAACUUAGCGAGGAGAAGAAAUUAGUUUGUGAAAUUGAUGCUUUAAAAAGAUCAAAGAAAACUUUAAGGGAAUAUUUAAGUGCAAAGCAAGAAUUAGAUCAAUUGAGGGUGAAACAAAACAGAUUAAGAAGUGAAAGAGAUGUUUUGAUGCGUGAAAGUCAUGUAAUCAGAGCGAUGGAAAACGAUGUGAAGGUAUCUCUGGAUACAUUGAAAGAUGAGAAUAAAGAUGAUGAGGAAGAUGAAGAAAAGAAGCCUUUGGUUGACGCUGACACUUUGAAGAAAGAAAUUCAGAGUUUGUACGAGCAACAAUGUGAGUGUCGUCGACUCUACAAGCAGGAAUCAAUGGAAUAUUAUGAACAGAAGCAGAUUGAAAGAGAUUUGCAGCAGAAGAAGGUUGCUGAACAAAGACGAGAUCAGACAAGAUUGUCGAAGAUCUCAGCUGAUAGAGUAAGGGAAGAGAAAAGACUGGAGCCGAGGCCUUAUGAAGAGGAGAAAAACAUCUGUGUUUGUCUUAUAAACUACUUGGAACCCUUGAUCGCACAUGGCUCCAGUGAAAGCGAUGAAGUCGACGCUGUAAACAAGACUAGUCCCAGAUAUAUUGAUGCUCCAAAGUUCGAAUCCAGCAUCCCAGAGGAAGGAUCGUUUGUGAUGAAGACAGAUCCCGAUGAUAAUCUUGGCGGAUUGUUCGUGCCUUCAUGCCGCAGAAUAACGAGAAAGGGAAGCAGAAAAGGACGAAAAUCUAAAGAUUUAGCACAAAAAUUGGUUCUUCAUCCUCAUGUUUUUGAGCAAUUUCUCAAGCUCAAUCUGGAGCCACCUUCAACAAAUGCCGAUGUCCCCGGAAUUCUUGAAAAACUUCGGGAGAAAAAGGUAUUCUACGAGAAAGAGUCCAGCGUUUCAAAACGAUCUCCAAAGGUGGAAGCAAAACAGGUCACAGACCAGAUCACUAUCGCAGUGAAGCCAUCAGAGCAUGCAACCCAGUUGUCCAGUGAUAAACAAAGGUCAGAAAAAACCGAAACGAGGCUUAGCGACGGCACUGAGGCUCAGCACGAAAUUUCGACGGAUGUGCACGUAACAGGUGUAGCUCAGAGCACGGCUAAGCAAGUGCAGCACGCAGACGAGCAACCUGAGCACGAAGCUGAGAAGACCGAGAACGAAAUGGUUCAACUUCAGCGCGAUAGCGGGAACGCAGAGCACGAAGCCGGACAACCCCAGCACGAGUCUGAGCAAACUGAGCACGAUGUUAACCAGACUCGAAACGAAAGCGAGAAAGAUGAGCACGAAGUGGUCAGGUCUUUCACUACUGAGAAAGACCAAAUUACUAGCAACAAAGAUAUCGAGGACGAAGACAUGGCUGUUUUCAAGAACGAAAGAAAUUCUUGUGAAGAUGAGCAAAUACCCAUGGAGAAUAUCUACUGUCCUACGAUCAUCACAGAUGCCUUAGAGAAAGGUAUAGACAGUAUAAAUAUCAAAGAAUCCUCACAGGAAAUUCAGGUCCGCGUCACGUGACACUUGGACGACGCGCGACAUUUGGAUGAUUGUGUUUGAGAGGUACUGGGUCGGGAAAUUUUGAAUGUUGCUACCAAAAUGCUCGUAAUAUAUAGUAACGUAGUAACAAAUUUUAGGGUUUUCACUUUUUACUCUCGUUUGUGCCAAAGAGCAAGCGGUGUAAACAGUAGCAGGUAAAAAUAUUGCUUGGGUAAUGGUGCUCCACAUUGGCAGAUCAGCAUGACUGGUUGAACUGCAUGGUGUGUCUUAAGCUGAGUGCUGUGUGCGAAGCGUUUCGUUCAACGAUAUUGUUUUAACAAUUAGAUCUACAAAGGUCUUCAAGAAACUUUUGAGACAAUGUGAACAAAGACAGAAUAAUAUUGGUUCCAAUUUUUGGUUCUUCAUAUUCAGAUUUUGUGUUAAAGUUCUUAAAGAUCUGCAAUGAGCUAAGCUUUGCUGAUGAGAAGCAUUCAUCCUACACAAAUAUUUUGAAAUUUUCUUCUUAAUACUUCAACAGGACUGUUCUCAACGACACGAGUUGUUACCAUAUGACGGUUAGUUCACCGCUUAUAGUUGUACUGUAUUUGAACAGAUACUUUUUAGUCGAGUUUCGAGAUCAUUUCGAGAUCAAUUGAACGGUGUCUAGCAAAGUUAUUUUUACCUGCAACUGUUCUCACCACAUGAAAUUAUAGCUGUACUUUCACCCCGCAAAAUUUUCCUCGGAACGAAAAUUUCCGCAAAAUUUUCCUCGAAACGAAAAUUUCCACAAAAUUUUCCUCGGAACGAAAAUUUUCUACACACCGCAUGCGCAGUAGAAUCUUUUAAAAUUUCAUCCCGAAAUAUUUCUGUUGCGAGAAGAGAACCAAAGACAAAGUUAAAGUCAUUAGAAAUUUUCAGGCAGAAAAAAUCUUGCAUUCGAAAAAUUUUUCUCCGAAAACUUUCCUGUUCCAUUCCGUUUCGAUGAAACUUUUCCGGUGUAUAAAUGCAGUUUAGUCCUAUAAAUCUGGAUUGAUUCAGUUUAAUAGGUUCAUUCAAUGAAGACGAAACAUGCUCCUAAUUUAACAAACUUCAGAUAUUACGGUUUAAGUACUUGUGCAUGAAACUAGGUAUAUUUAUUCAAUUGAUGAUGGCUGGCCCAGUUUGGAAAGACAUUCUACAUAAGAAAGCUGGUACUUUUAAAAUAUGGUUGAGAUUAUUUUCUACUUCAAUAAGGAGUAAAUGCCGAUAAAGGCUGGUGUAUCUUGGUUUUUUAUUUGCGGUGGUUUUAUAUAAUUUUAACUGCUUAUUAUAGGCUGUUUGACAUAUAUAUCCCUAAAGAACAGUCUAAUCCAAGGUAUUCACUUUAAUUUGACCACAGGCACAACUGUGGAAAUAAGUUAGCCAAUAGCCAUGACUGGAUCAGGCGAAAAUUUAGUGCAGAGCGCUGUGAAAUGAAUAAAGUUACUUUACAAAUUGUGUUAUUGUAAAUAACAGUUUUAAAGUGGGAAUAAACUAUGUGA